AAACUAGAAAUUCUUUCAGACGACGAACAGGACAACGUGGCCAAGGCAGAGGCUCCUGAUGAGGAUGUUCCCCAGAAUGAGCUAGCUAAGAAUGAAUCAGAGCAGAGCUGUGUAAGUUCGUCUUCUGCUCCACAUGAAGAAACCGUUGAAGUGGUCGCCGAUGUCCCUUCAGUUGCAUGGAAAAAGGGAGUGAAACGCUCGGCAGAGGCCUUGAUCGAUAAAGAAGUGGAGAAGUGCGCCGUUGAUGCGAAAGAGGAAGCAGGAGGAGACUGUGUACUUUCGAGUGUAAACAACACUGCUUUACCACCAUGUACGGAUGACGAGGUUGCACUCUUUUCCGACUCGGAUGUGGAAUGUAUUGCCAUCGAGGACAAUUCAGGUAUGUUCUUAAGUGGGAGUACUUCGUGCUCUAUAUUAAAUUUAGCAUUAACAUAA